CAUAUUUUUUAUCAUUGUCCAUGCUCUAUGACUAUACAUAUCAAUGGCUCUCCCAUUCUGUCUAAGUGCUGUGCUGAGCACAUCCACCUCGCCACAGACGGCUUCGCAGACUCCACCUGCCAUAUGUGAUCCACCUUUUUCCCCAUUAAUGCAAUUUGUGGGCUUUCUCACUGCUCAUCAUGGGAUGCGGCGCCUCAGUUGCCAUAGAGACACAAGUGACGAAGGUGGCAGAUGAAAUAAAGCCACCCAAUCCAGCAUUAACUAUGAAGGCAGCAGUGCUGAUCCAGCGCUGGUACCGCCGCUACAUGGCCCGCCUGGAGAUGAGGCGAAGGUACACAUGGAACAUCUUCCAAUCCAUCGAAUACGCCGGCGAACAGGAUCAGCUCCAGUUGUCGGGUUUCUUCAGCUUCAUGCUUGACAACUUCACUCAGCUAAAUGGAAAUGGACCAGAUCUGAUUUCGCAGCUUCUGGAGCCCGUGAUUGACCCCUGGUUAGACCGAGAGGGCUGCUACGACGCAAUCCAAGUUCCAGAGUCGUACAUCGGACCACGACUGUCGUUUCCCCUCUCCGUGUCAGACACAAACGCUCUUCUCGGUGCCUUUAAAGAGCAGCAGACUCUCCACGCCAGAUACGUGUUGCAGCUUCUCUAUGAGACCAAGAAGCUCCUCAAACAGAUGCCCAACGUCAUCCACCUGUCCACUUCCUACACAAAGGAGAUCACUAUAUGUGGUGAUCUUCAUGGUCGACUUGAUGACUUGCUUCUUAUAUUUUAUAAGAACGGCCUCCCCUCUGCUGAGACGCCAUACGUAUUUAACGGGGACUUUGUGGACCGAGGGAAAAAGUCAAUUGAGGUGGUCAUCCUCCUGUUUGCUUACCUGCUACUUUACCCUGAUUACAUGCAUCUGAACCGAGGAAACCACGAGGACCAUAUUAUGAACCUCAGAUACGGAUUCACAAAAGAGGUCAUGCAAAAGUACAAGGCUAAUGGGUGUGAGAUCCUGCAGCUUUUUCAGGACGUCUUCAGUUUUCUGCCUGUUGCCACAGUGAUAGAUGGGAAGGUCCUAAUUGUUCAUGGGGGCAUAUCAGACCAGACUGACUUAGACUUCCUCAGUGUCAUUGAUCGGCACAAGGUUAAAUCGGCGCUGAGGCUUCCCAGACGGAGUUUGGAGCAGCUGGAUAUCGGUCAGUCCAACAAACAGAUGAAAAGAAUGAAAUCCACGGAUACUUAUCGCAGUCACAAGAACCAAAGAACCCCAAACCUAAGAAGGAGGUGCUCCAGACUAAGCCAACAAGACAGCUUUGCCUCCAUCUCUUCCUCAUCUUCCUCAUCCUCUUCGUCAUCUUCCUCACUUUGUUCUCCACACACCCCAUCGUGCUUCUCACCUAAUCCGUGCACGUCCUCUCCCAAUGUGCCAUACAACAUAAACAUCCUCCAAGUGCCUUUUCUGGAUUCUGCAACCUCCAUUCCGCCUCCUUUGCCUCCACAAAAGGAGCAGGAAUGGAAACAGAUUGUGGACAUACUGUGGAGUGACCCCAAAACCCAAGAAGGCUGCAGCCCAAACACAUUCAGAGGUGGUGGCUGCUACUUUGGCCCCGACGUCACUCGGAGAUUGCUGCUCCAACAUGGCCUGCAGCUGAUCAUCAGAUCCCACGAGUGCAAACAAGAAGGUUAUGAGCUGUGUCACAGUGGCCAGGUGAUCACCAUCUUCUCUGCAUCUAACUAUUAUGAGGAGGGAAGCAAUCGAGGAGCCUACAUUAAACUGGGGAGAGAUCUGGUUCCACGUUUCUACCAGUACCAAGUCAGCCGCUCAACACGCAAACUCACAUUGACUCAAAGAGUGCGAGCUGCUGAGGGUUCAGCUCUCAGGGCUCUGAAAGAAAAAGUGUUUGCCCAUCGUUCUGACCUCCUUGCUGGCUUCCAGAAGUAUGACCAGAGUGACACUGGUAGAGUGACGGUCAGUGAGUGGGCUCUGGUGUUGGGUUCUGUCCUGAGGCUGGACCUGCCGUGGAGGACCCUGUGUCCUCGUUUAGCUCAUCUGGCACCAGACGGCAGUGUGGACUACCAGUCCUGCUUUGAGGACAUGGGUGCCGGGAUACAGCUACCUCAGGUCACACCAAACCUGGUAGAAACUCUGUUUCGAUACAGGACAGACAUUGAAAUCAUAUUCAACAUUAUCGACAAAGACCACUCAGGUCUUAUUUCCAUCGAAGAGUUCCGUCAUACGUGGCGUCUUUUCAGCGCUCACGUGGGGGUAGACAGCAACAACGGAGCCAUUGAUGACCUGGCUCGAAGUAUCGACUUUAACAAAGACGGCAGUAUAGACUUCACCGAGUUCCUGGAGGCCUUUAGAGUUGUGCACAAACUGGACAGCAAGGAUCAGCAACACAAGACGAGUGGAGAGUAGGUGGGAGACAUUUUGAGUUUGGAUA